ACCAAAAAAACUGAAAGGUCCAUGCACAAUGAAGUGUCUGGUUAAAAAAUCACCUAAAGUGACGCAUCUGUGUAUAUACAGCUCAGCUAUACAGUCAAGCUGGAAAAUAGUAACCGAGUAAUAAUUUAAUCGUGGCAUAACUUUGUAAACCAUUGAUAUGCUGUAGCCUAGGCAUAUUUCAAAUCCUUUUCUUGGUCUUGUUUGUUCAUUAGUGCUACAUUUGCUUACAUGUUGUAGACAAACAUGCAAGCGAUUGUACGUAUUUUUCGAAAUUUAAGGAAUUCCAUUGCAAUUCCAAAAUCAACAUUUAAAGGAGAAGAUCACCUCGGAAACAAAUACUACGAGAGAAUUGCAGAUGAAAAGAGAAAAUGGAAAGGUUAUCGUUUUGUGAAACCUUAUGAUGGACAGUCUAAAGCCAACAGCGAGUUGGAGAUUCCAACUGAAUGGAAUGCAUGGCUCAGGAACAGCAGGGAUAACCCUCCCACAAUCAAGGAAAUUGAAAGAAAUUAUUUGCUGAUGAUGAGAACACGACAGAGAGCACUUGAAGUUGAUACCAGAGAAGAAGCAGAAAAAUUGUCAUCAGAAGCAAAUAAUGAAAUUGCUACAAAUCUUGACUCCUCAAAAUUAAGUCAAAAGCGACCACAUCCCGAUUUUGAAGAUAUGGAAAUGAAAUCUGGAUCUGCUAGAAACUUUGACUAUAAAGACAGAGAAAAGCCUAUAGACAGAACAGUGUCUUGACAUAAAGUGUAAUGUUCUAUUUCAUUUGAAUGUGCAUGAAAUUAAUUUCAUCCAAGACUGGACAUCCAGACUCAAUUUGUGCUUGGUAGAUAACAAAUUCUAGGAAACCUAUUAUAAGUUAUUGUCAGAAAAGGUUUGAGAGUCUAAUGUUCUAGCCCAUGUGUUUUCUACCGGCUGAUAUACUUAGGACUGUGCAGAGAGGGUGUACUGGUAAAUUAGAAAUCUCCAGGAACAUUAAAAGUUAUCUAAACAACAACACGAUAACUUUCCCUGGAAAAUUAAAGCAUGUUUGGAGUCUCCAAUGCUAUAGACGUCAAUAAAAGUCCAUACUUGAU